AUGUCGCGCUCUUCCGCAGGUUUUGCAGACUUUUUUCCUACCGCCCCGUCAGUCAUUCAGCAAAAACGAUUCAAAGCCACUAAAGAGCGACAGCGGUCAAGGGCUCAACCCGACAAGGAGCAUACCCAUGAAGAUCGCGCCAUCCCACCUGCGCCCAGGGCGGUUGAGGAAGCGAUUAUUGGCGACGUUCCUCCCUCAGAGGCAUUACCGGCUCCUUCGGCGGAUUUGAGCAAAUCGCGGAGAGAGUUUACGGGAGAUGGCUUGGUCAGUCCUGGAGGAAUGGGCAGCCCAGCAGUCAACUCAUCUGGGCCUGGGACAGGAUCUUCGAAUGAGAUUCGCCUCGAUACUUUGACGCCUCUCACAAAUGCGGAGUCUUCACCGCAUCACAAGUCGAGUCCGUCUCAAAUCAAGGCAACAAACGGCACUACGAAUGACCGCUCCAAAGAACACCAGACUGAAGCAUCAAAAAAUACCAUGACCCCUCUUUGUACACCACCGACCCCAACACAGCAACCGCAAAGCCAUCGUCCCAGCAUUGUUAGGGGCUGCAAGCUGGUUCACGAUCCUGACAAAGCUUCAUCAAAGGAUAAGCGGAAGAAGCCUUGCUACGUGGAUAUUGUCACAAACGAACAGGAGGAAAGCUUGCCGGACCCUCGUCUGAACAUACAGAACUAUUCCCGCGGCGCUGGAUGCAGGCAGAAAACGAAAUAUCGACCCGCCCCUUAUGUCCUAAGACAUUGGCCGUACGACCCAGCUACCACGGUAGGACCAGGACCUCCCGUGCAAUUAGUCGUCACUGGCUUUGAUCCCUUGACUCCUCUGGCGCCGAUUACUGCUCUCUUCUCAAGCUUUGGCGACAUCUCAGAAAUCAACAACCGCACGGAUCCAAUAACGGGACGGUUUCUCGGAAUAUGCUCUAUCAAGUAUAAGGACAGUCCUUCCUUCCAUGGCGGUGGGCCGGUUUCCGCAGCCGGGGCGGCGAGGCGCGCUUAUUUCGAGUGCAAGAAAGGACAGCGCAUUGGCAAUCAUCGUGUCAGGGUCGAGCUGGACCGCGAUGGGGUGAUUUCCGGGAAACUCGUCUCGAGAGCAAUAGAGGCUCAGAGGAUGGGAUCCAAAAACGAUUUGCAGAUUCCGGAUGAGGUUAAAGCCGAAGUUGAAAUUCAAAAGAACGAGCCUCCACCAGAGGCACCAAAAGGCCCUUCAGGAAAGUCCUCCAUGCGUCCUCUGCCUCUCGUACCCGAGGGUCCAAGGGCAAACUUUGCGAAACCAGCAGUGCCGUCUCUAGUGGAAGAGGUUCCUAUACUGAGCCAGAUAAAGCGCGAUCCCUACAUUUUCAUCGCGCAUUGCUACGUUCCAGUCUUAAGCCACACCGUGCCACAUUUGAAGAAGCGGCUCAAAGUAUUUGGAUGGAAAGACAUUCGAUGUGACAAGACUGGGUACUAUAUAGUCUUUGAGAACUCUCGUCGCGGCGAAGAGGAAACGGCCAGGUGCUACAAGUACUCGCACAUGAAGCCCUUGUUCACAUACAUCAUGAACAUGGAAAGCCAGCCCUACGGCAACCCGCAUUAUGAACGCAGCCCAAGUCCUGAGCGAUUGAAACGAGAAAAGCGGGCUAAAGCAGAGUCCGAACGGCUGAAACGGGAGGCUGAACUGGACGUCGAAGAAGAAAAGAAACAGCGAGCCCUAGACUUUGAUCCGUGCAAGGAAGUCUUGGCCAUAAUAGUGAAAGAUCUUAAAGACAAGCUUCUUGAAGAUACCAAGUCACGGAUAGCUGCGCCGGCAUUAUAUGAAUUCCUGGAUCCAGACCGACACGCACUGCGGAGAAGGCAAUUGGGAAUACCUGAUCCAGAGGGGGUAAAGCGGCCAAUGUUUCGCCUUGACUUUGACAGUCGGGACAGCACACCUGAUCCACAUUCGAGACUGCGGCACCCCCUCAGUACACCUGGGCUUAACAUCCUUGCACUUCCCCGUAUCAGGAAGUCGCAUCGACUCGACCGUACAGAAACAGCUUUCUUAGAUGAGAGGCGCAAGCAACCUCUAAGAAGGAAAGAGGUUCGGCCUCUUUACCAUCGCCUACAACAGCUACAUGAUGAGGAAGAAUCAGACGAUGAGCAGCACACCCCUCUAUCUAGGGACACCGAGGAUGAUGAAGAGAGCCGGGCCCAAAGUCGUAUGAGCUCAGCCACCGAAUCCGACGAUGGUGAGGAUACAGAACCGUUCGAUGUCUCGACAGACGUACUGGACAGCAAGGGUCCUGAUGAUUUGGCAAAUGCAGAUAUGGGAGUUGCUGAUGAAGGAUUCUCUCCAUCCCGAAAGAGGAAAAGAAUCGGCGAUGGCUUCGAUCAUCGGAAAAAGCAAAAGGGAGAUGAUGCCUUCAAUCUGGAGCAGGAUGAUACGCCGACCGGGGGCCUGCCAACUUAUCUGGAGAGUACCGAUAAGGACAUCAUUGCUCAAAGGACGUCUGGAUUGGCAAAGGACUCUCGGGGCCUGGACGACGACACGAACUUAUCGCGCUCAGAGGGGCUUGAUAUACAAUACCCGGGUGGUGAAUAUGCUCAGCCGUUGUCUGAGGAUGCAGUUGACGAAGCUGCCGGUCAUGGUGGACCCAGGCUGGAAGUUGAAUGGAGAACCUCUAAUGACGAACCCCGGCCGAUCGUUGAUGAUGACGACCUGAUUGUUCUGGACUUGGAUGGAUGGCAGAACCUGGUCAAGGAUGACGAGGAUCUACUCUUCCUUCGUAAUAUCCUCAAGGAGCAAACCCCGUCUAGCGUCGGCAACCUUUCCGCUUGGGCAUGGCGACAGAAGGAGAUCAAAGCUCUAAAUCGCCCCGGCGAUAUAGGACCCACGCAGCAGCCGGCUACUAUCAAUGGCUACUAUGUCCCGAAUACAACAGGCGCUGCUCGGACCGAAGGAAGAAAGAGGAUUCUUGAGUCAGAGAAAUCAAAGUAUCUUCCACACCGUAUCAAGGUGCAAAAGGCUCGUGAAGAGCGCGAGGCCAAGGCCAAAAGCGACCCGCAGAAUGCUGCCGCCGAGGCCGCGCGCAUUGCUGCCGCAAAGACGAUUUCCAAAUCGACAUCUCGAUCAACAAGAGUCAACAACCGCAGGCUUAUUGCAGAUAUUAAUGCACAAAAACAAGCUCUACCAGCGCAGAGCGGUGAUAGCGAUGCUCUCCGUUUCAAUCAGCUGAAGAAGCGAAAGAAGCCAGUGCGGUUCGCACGGUCCGCGAUUCAUAAUUGGGGUCUUUAUGCGGAAGUCAAUAUUUCUGCCAACGAGAUGAUUAUCGAGUAUGUUGGAGAGAAAGUACGGCAGCAGGUUGCCGAUAUGAGGGAAAGGCGAUACCUCAAAAGCGGUAUUGGCAGUAGCUAUUUGUUCCGCAUCGAUGAAAAUACAGUCAUUGACGCGACAAAGAGGGGUGGCAUUGCUAGGUUUAUCAACCAUAGCUGCACUCCAAACUGUACCGCCAAAAUCAUCAAGGUUGAUGGGAGCAAACGAAUCGUUAUUUACGCGUUGAGGGACAUUGAAAGAGACGAGGAGCUGACCUACGACUACAAAUUCGAGAGGGAGUGGGAUAGUGAUGACCGGAUUCCAUGCCUUUGUGGCUCGGCCGGAUGCAAGGGAUUUUUGAAUUAA